AUUUUAGUUAAUACUUCGUAAUAUUUAUUGUGUAAAAUAAUUAACAAUUGCUUACUUAGAUUUAAUGAUAACUAAUUAGUAGCCAAGAAUGAGACGGACCUACAGAUCUAAGAAAGAUGAUGGUAGCAUAGACCAUAAAAAAUUAAUCUCAAGAAUAGAUGGCCGAAGUUCGGCUUUCGACGCAUUUUACAUUCACAAUAUAAAAUUAAACAAAAAAGAGAUUUCUUCUUCGGCCUGUUCCAAUCAAAUUAAUUUGCCUUCUAAGAAGAUACGCAAAAGAAAAUACGUGAAGCGAAUAGUUAAUGAUGGCUCACAACGGAAGUUACCCCAUCCUGGUGAACCAGAGUCCCAGUCGGUGCUCCUCACGCCGGACAAAUCCAUACACGUGAACAAAGCUCCAGAUCAAUUCGAUUUGCUUUUGAGAUCAUCCCCCACAUUCACAAAGAGUCCUAUUUUAGUACAUAAAUUAAGUGAAAGUCUUAACAUUAAUAGGAAGACAAAAUAUAAUUGUUCUGUUGAUUGUGCAGAUUGGGAUAAUGUAAAUGCAAUUAAAGUAAAAUCCUCGUGUAGUAACACUUCUGAUGUUAAAUCUCACAAAUUGAUAGUUGAAGUAGAAGAUACUAGUGAAUGUAAAUGUCAUGAUGAAUCCAUCAGAAGAAUAGUAAAACACAUGCCACUUCUUAAUAACAUCAACAAUCCUCAUUUGAAAAGUAUUAAGAAUAACCAUAGACUCACUGCCACACAACAAAACUCUCCAGCAGCAGCAAAUUCUCCACUUUGUAGUACCCCAUUCCAGCUUAAACAUAGAUGUCAAUCUAUCUUUAAUAUAUCACCAAUCUCUAUAAAUUUCAAGGAUAGCCCUAAAGUGGUGAUGAAUACUUUUAAAGCAAGUAGCUCAGAUGAUGAAUAUGAAAACAAAUCCCAAUGUGAAACAUCUGUUAAAAUACAGUCCUUGAGAGUUACCAAUGUUAUAAAUUGUGAAGGAAAUCAGGCAGCAAGCAAGGAUCUCACAAUUGUCCAGCAAAAAAGCUUAAGCUUAGAGAGUGAAAUUCUUCACACAUUAUCAACAUCUGAAGUAGAACCAUGUUAUGGAUUUGCUAAGCCGUCAGAGCCUGAUUACAACACAGACAUUGUUCACAUUCCUUUUUAUCUCAAAAAUCAAUCAAAUGACAUUUUUGUAUCCAAAAAAUCUCCAGAUCGGUCUAUGUCAGAACUUAAAAAUAUGCAAAUUGAACAAUUUGAAAGUGAAGUUUCAUGGUGUGCCAAAGAGUGCCUUCUAUCUGAUUCUUCUUUACUCAAUGAAAAAUUAAAUACAAUUGAACAAUGUACAUCUAAAAAUAGUAGCUGUAUCACCAGUGAAACUAAUCUUCUUAAUGAUAAUCAUUUUUCAUUUAAGCCUAAUCUGGUAGUUGCUUUAGAAAAAAUGGAUGAUUCCCUGUUUCGUAAAUAUUACAAGAAGUAUAAAAGUUCAGAAACCAUUAGACACCAAUUUAAGGUUUGUAAUGACCAUACUAACUUUGAUCUAAAAGAUAAUCUAGUGAUAUCAAGUGCCUCCUACAACACAGAUUGUGGCAAUAACUUCGAGGUAAACGAAAACCAAAUUGAGUUAUCAAAUGCUUCAUACAACACAGAUUGUGGAUAUAACUUGGAGGAAAAAGACACACUUAAUGAGUUGUCAAACAAUUCAUACAACAAGAAUUGCAGCUAUAAUAUGGAAGAAAAAGUGAAUCUUAAUGAGUUAUCAAACAAUUCGUACAACACAGAUUGUGGCAAUAAUGUGGAUGAAAAAGACAUCCUUAUUGAGUUAUCAGACGAUUCAUACAACACAGAUUGUGGCAAUAACUUCGAGGUAAACGAAAAUCAAAUUGAGUUAUCAAAUGCUUCGUACAACACAGAUUGUGGAUAUAACUUUUAUUCUAUGGAUAGUCUUUCUCCAGAAAAUUGUUAUCAAGGAUGUAAACAAACACUUGAAACAAAUAAAAGCCCGAAGCAAGAUGCAGGGAUAAGUUAUGUAACUACCAGGCGGCGACAUGAAGCUAACAACUCAGUUAUAAUUUUACCCGAUACCUCUUUUGGCAGUUGUAGUGUCAAACAAGAUCUGAGUGCAAUUGUUGAUAACAUACAUGAAUUAGCUAAAAACGAGAAAAGUUAUGUUGCAUCGGAAGAAUAUGUUGAAAGUGGAAUUGUGCCAACAAGCAAUGAGUCUGUUACUGACAAUAUUAUUUCAAAGCAUGAAGAUAUUUUGUUGCGAGAUGAAGUUCCCGACUGGAGCAAUGUAACAUGUGAACAAGAUAGCAGGAAGUUGACAAAGUGUGAUAUUGUUAGUGGACCAAAAGUAGCAAUUGUACUGCAGCCCGGAAAGAAAUGGGAACGAUCAUUGAGUAUUUAUAAAAGAAUGACGACAAUAGCAGACACCAAGCAUUCUCUUCUAGACUAUGAAGAAACAGAAAGUAAAGGCAGAAAGUAUAGACAAAGUGUGAUUGACACCAUGCAAAUGCAGAAAUCGAUUUGUUCCCUUCAUAAUGAACCAAUUAAUGGUCGGAGAAGUACAUUUAUUUGCAAACCUAGCAGGUCUACAAUAAAACUUGUAAAAGAGAACGGCAAUUCGCGGGCGAGUUUGUGUCCGACUACAGCUUACGAAGACUUAAAAGGAUUUCUGUCCGACGACUGUGAUGAUACAAUCGUCGAUUUAUCAAAAUUGUCCAUCGGUGAGUCGGUGCAUGAAGUGACUGUGGUUGAAAAUCUCCAUGAGGCGAGUCGCAUAGCCACCGCUCGCGACUACGUGCUGCGCCGCUGCAACCAGACCGAACCCCUGCUCUUUGAUGAAUGCUAUCCGGACACGGCCCUGAAGAACUGCCACAAGAUCGGCGAGGGUGUGUAUGGUGAAGUGUUCCUGUGGCGGGCGCGUGACGGGGAAGCACGUGUGCUCAAGGUCAUCCCCAUUGCGGGAGAUAUCAAAGUCAAUGGCGAGCCACAGAAGGGCUACGACGAAAUUAUCUCUGAAAUUGUGAUUGCUAUGGAAUUGAGCGCUCUGCGCGCUCCCAUACCAGACAUUGAGAAACGCUUGGAUGAAGGAAAAGAGCUCGACUCCUUGGAUUUACUCUCUGUAGAGAACGCCACAGACAUUUUUAACGAGGUGCUAGCUGUGCGGUGCGUGCGCGGCGCGUACCCGGCGCGCCUGCUGGAGCUGUGGGAGCUGUACGACGAGUGCCACGGUUCAGACAACGAUAACCCCGGCGCGCUGCCGACCCACCAGCACUACCUCGUGCUCGAGCUGCGCAACGCCGGCCGCGACCUCGAGAGCUACAGCUUUACCGGCGCCGACCAGGCGUACGCCGUGCUGCUGCAGGUGAGCGCGCGCCCCCUGCCCCCGCCCCCACACCACACCACGCAGCGCGCCCGUGCGGAAGGUGAGCGAAUCUCUAGUGCAAGUUGCAAGUAGUCUUGACUAGAUUUUCACUUAUCCUCUGCGCCGGCCGAUCCACAUACUCAAUGUUGCAGAGUAAUGUUAUUUUUUUUUUUUUAUGUGCAUGAUUUACUUGUAAGUUCUAAUUGUAUUAUUGUUAUUGUGUGCUUAAAUACAAAUUAAUCGCUUGUCUCUUUAAACUGCUCAUGCGACUAAUUGAAAGUAAUUCCAGCCGCUUAACAUAUUGUGUUGAGGACAAGACAUUGUGAAUAUAUCUGUUGUGUUACCACAUUCAUUGCUCUGUGCUCCCCGAGCUG